CCCGCCUCUAAGAGCAGCUGUUCUCCACCUCUAUCUCUCCCUGGGCGAGUGAGCUGAGUGGUCCUGCCCUGAUGCCAAAAGUGAUGCUCACUCUGCCCUACUCUCCCUGGUUCACCUUGGUGAGGAGAGGAGCCAUGGGGGUCCAAAGCAUCCGGCAGGCCCAUGGCUCAGGAGAUACUGCCUGCAGCCAGAAGAUGCCUCCCUACACAAACUACCAUGCAGAGCGCAAUUACCCCAUGCCAGAAGAGCCCUUCUGUAGUGAGCUGAGCCCCCAGCAGCGGGCGCUGAAGGAAAAGGAGAAAGGACCAUGGAAGCAGCUUACAGAUGCUGAGAAGGUGGCCCUUUAUAGAAUGCAGUUCCAUCAGACCUUUGCAGAGAUGAACCGACCAUCCAAUGAAUGGAAGACGGUGUUGGGGGGAGUCUUCUUUUUCUUUGGCUUCACUGGACUCCUGAUAUGGUGGCAGCGGCUAUAUGUAUUUCGGGAGAAGCCCAUCACAUUGUCUGAGGACUGGAAGUCCAAACAGUUGCAGCGGGUAUUGGACAUGAAGGGAAAUCCAAUUCAAGGCUUGGCUUCCCAGUGGGACUAUGCUCAGAACAACUGGAAGAAGUGACUCUCCAGCCUGAACUUUCCUGGCUCAUCCUUUCCAAGCCAACAGGCCUGUGCCCACCCAACCCCAUUCUUGGGCCAGCUCCAGCUGGAUGAUUCUCUCUAUUCCCUUCACUCCCUUCCCCUCCCCUCCUUUCCUCUAUCUGCAUCUCUUCCCAAAACCUUUUUUCCUCAAUAA